UUCCCCGCGGAGCGGCCGGGGCUCCCGCGCACCCGACGCCGGCCGGUCCUGGCAGCCUCCGCUCGGCCCGCCAUGAGGCCGUUGUUGUACCGCUGCCACAACACCACCGCGGUGGAGAAGGGCAACUCGGCGACGAUGAGCGGGGUGCUCUUCAGCGCAGGCCUCCUGGGCAACCUCCUGGCCCUCGGGCUGCUGGCGCGCUCGGGGCUGGGGUCGUGCCCGCCGCGCCCGCCGCCCUCCGUCUUCUACGUGCUGGUGAGCGGCCUGACGGUCACCGACUUGCUGGGCAAGUCCCUCGUGAGCCCCUUCGUGCUGGCCGCCUACGCGCAGAACCGGAGCCUGUGGGGGCUGGCGCCCGCGUCGGGCAGCUCGCUGUGCCAAGCCUUCGCUUUCUUCAUGUCCUUCUUCGGGCUGGCCUCGACCUUGCAGCUCCUGGCCAUGGCCCUGGAGUGCUGGCUCUCCCUGGGGCACCCUUUCUUCUACCGACGGCACAUCACCCUGCGCCGGGGUGCGCUGGUGGCGCCGGCCGUGGGCGCUUUCUGCCUGGCCUUCUGCGCGCUGCCCUUUGCGGGCUUCGGGAGCUUCGUGCAGUACUGCCCCGGCACCUGGUGCUUCAUCCAGAUGGCCCACGAGGAGCGGUCGCUGUCGGUGCUGGGCUACUCAGCUCUCUACGCCGGCCUCAUGGCUCUGCUUGUCCUCGCCAUUGUGCUGUGCAACCUGAGCGCCAUGCGCAACCUCUACACGAUGCACCGGCGGCUGCAGCAGCGCCCGCGCCCCUGCGCCCGGGACCGCACGGAGCCCGGCGCCGGCGCGCGAGAGGCGGCCCCGCAGCCCUUGGAGGAGCUGGACCACCUCCUGCUGCUGGCCCUCAUGACCGCGCUCUUCACCGUGUGCUCCCUGCCUUUAAUCUAUCGUGCUUACCGUGGAGCGUUUAAACCUGUCCUGGAGGAGAACGGGACCACAGGAGAAGCCGAAGACCUCCGAGCUCUGCGCUUUCUGUCUGUCAUCUCAAUCGUGGACCCUUGGAUUUUCAUCAUUUUCAGAACAGCGGUAUUUCGGAUGUUUUUUCACAAGAUUUUCAUUAGGCCUCUUAUGUAUAGAAAUUGGCACAGCAAUUCCUGCCGAACUAACACGGAAUCCAGUCUGUGACAGGUUUUAUCCUUUCUGGUAAGAUGUGGAAUAUAUCACAUUUCGUGUCAAAGAACUAUGACAAAAAAAUCCUACAAUUUAAAUCCUUAAAAGUUAUUUCCCACAGCAAAACCUCUAAAUGUGUUUUCAAAAGUGUUUGAUGUAACAGCUUGUUGUCACUCUAUGUUCAUGAUCCCAUUCAAUGGAUUUUUUUCAUUUUGAGUUAUUAACAGCAACUACAAUUUCAUGUAUUAUAAAUAAUGUUACAAGUCUUAAAGUGAUAAUGUUAAUUGUUCCAGUGUUUGUAUUUGGUGCCCCUAAUUUUGUAGAGGGGUCUUUAUUCAAAUCCAGUGGAAAUAGCACUGUUUACAGUUAUGUGAUAGGUGUUAAAAUUUCUUACCCUAUUCAUUUCUAGAGAAACCUGAUUUGUUUACUUUGUAUCCUAAUUACCCCUAUUUAAUUCUCUUCUUUGCCACCUGCUCCAAGUAUAGCGCAAAUUAUAGAUGCUGCUCAGAGGAGUGAGGUGGGAAGUAUAACCGGGGGGCGUGUGGAGGGCAAAGGCAUAAGGAAGCAGACACAGGUGAGAUGGGACUGUGCGUGGAGGCAGAGAUGUCAGUCGAAAUCAAAAUUCGGGAGCGAGUUACUAGGUAUUGGCUCAGUUUGUGGAGCCCCAUUCGAUAGGUUUAUCGUAUUGAUUGAUGGAUGCUUCGGGGACGGAUUAUGCUUCUUUGAAGAAAGUGAUGCCUGACUUGCCAGAGAGCCGUGUUUGUGCGUUUGUCUGUGUGAAGCAGCGGGCGUUCCACAUGGUGAGGAACCCACCCAGGACUUGCUCACCUCCGCUGAGACUGGUGGCAAUGACUCCACCUGUUAACAGCCGCAGUAGGCUCCUCGGCUCCUCGUGGAGCCAGUAAGAUCUUACUGCGGUUCCUGAGAGCUGCGCCUUCAAAAGUGGAGCAGGAUGUGGCUCAGAUGGAGCACAACCGAUCACUUUAUUGUACCUUUAAAUGUUUACAAAGGUGAGCAACACUAUGACCAGAGGGGAAGAGUGUGGCAAAUGCACCUGCAGCUAAUGAACCAGCCCAGAGACUGAACUCAGCUGCAGGUGAGAUCUUUCCCCUGAGGCAGAAGCACAGGUAGGGGGUGAGCGUGCAUCUCGGCACCUCUGGAGCCCCUUCGUACCGGACACACCAGACUCUCUGCUGGAGAGUAUCUGCACCGAAUAGUCCCGGGCCCCCCGCUCAGCUGUGCCUCCCAAAGGCGAGCGUGGUUGCCUUACUUCCAGCUUGGCAGAAACCCUGCUUUUCACCUCUGGUUUGUCUCAGAGAUGGUAUUAACCUGGAUAUAUGUGUAUUUUUUUAGAGCAAAACUGUGAAGUGGCUGAAUUAGGAAUUCAUGAAUUAUAAUUGAGAGUAUGAUGUGAUGGAAAACGCAAUUAUUUUCAAGGUUUACCUUGGUUUGUGUUUUCUGUGUGAGUGCAUCUGUGUUUACUGUCAGAGGACGUGCAGCUUUGUGUUCUCCUUUGGGAACAUGUGUUACAGUAACUGUACAGGUAUUUUGAAAAGUUCCAGAUGAUUCAAUAAACAUAAUUUUAUAAUA